AUGGCUCCCACGCACUUCCUCUCGCUCUCGGACGAUCUUUUGCUCCAGCUUGCCGAUCAUUUACACAACAUCGAAGACUAUACGAACCUCUGCUCAUCAUGCAAAAAGCUGCGCGAUAUCCUCGGGUCUGCUCCUCCGAGAACUAUUCUACGACUGGCAGCAGCUCAGUCAAACAUCUUUUUCCGUCCGUCGCCUUAUUUUCUAGUGGCUGCUACUGCCCACGAACUAGGUCACUGGGCACGCGAUGAUGAAAACAACGAGAGACAGCUAGCUUCGACCCUAGAACGAGGCAUUGACGGGCUUCUGGACUUGGCGCUGACACACUGUGGUUUGACGAUGGCAAGAAUACGACAACUACAUCUUAUGCGGUUUUCCGUCAUCAAUCCAGUCACUGACGUGAUCGACAAGUGUGUUGGCGUGCAAUGGUAUCAGACUCCCAAUUUCUGGGAUGGUGGAGUUAGCGAUGCCUACACAAUCAGCGCUGAAGCGUCACGAACGCUCUUCCAUCUCGCGAUCUACGGCGAACUGUUUGGCCCUGACUUCGAGACGUUCUUGAGUUACGACUGCCAGUCCCGAAGGCUGAGUGUCGAAACUCGUUUGGAGUUCAUCAAGUAUUGCUUACCAGAUUUUGCGUGUUUCGCGGGCCAGACUAGUGCCAAGGAUGUACAGAUGCCGAACGGCAGUAUGGAUCCUAGGCGUGCAGUGAAUAAGACUGGCCCCUAUGCUGAAAAGGCAGAAGGCAGCCGCGGUAAUGAGCUGAACAACAACAUCGCUCUCGUAUGGGUGUUGCAGAGUUCCCGAUGGCAGCCUCACUGGAAAGAGGCUAGAGGACAGGCUGGGCCCGACUUUCAGGAAGAUUUUAAUGACGGCUGGUGGUACACGGAGAAUGAUGAUCAGGAUUGGAGGCAGCGUAUGUGGGAGUCUAUCAUGAUAUGCCAAGGACUUGAAGGCCUGGGUAUGAUUAGACCAGAGCUUAGGGACUCAUGGAUACCCAAGAUCAGACAAUGGAGAGACAAAAUCGCGGGACUUGAGAAGGAGCCUGAAUGGGUACGAGUUGGCAGACAGGCUACACUCGAAUACCCGUUUCUGCUUGGAGAUUUGCAUGCUGCGGAAAAUGCCUCCAGACAACGACAGAACGGUGCCGAUUCCUCCGUACACCAGUACUUGUCUGAGAGCUUGGAGGUGCCUACAGCUUUUGCAACUGUUGAUCAUGUCCUAUCAUGGCCAAUCUUUGGCAACAAGAGACCUAAAGACUUUUUGUCGCACGAGGUUCUCAUCAAGGAUCAAGCUGGAAUCCACUCUCACACGAACUCCACGAACGAGCAAAGUAAUGGUCGUUGGAACCAAACCAUCAAUGAGACAGAGAUCCCUAGGCUUGUGGAACGGUUCCUAGAGUUUGUACAUAUCAAAAAUCCAAUUCUCGAUGCCAUACAGCUUCGUCAAGAUGCGAGAAGGAUCGCCGAGGAUGGCAUCGACUGGGAGCCAUCAACUUGCAUCGUGCUUCUAGCCUGUGCACUGGGCUCAGUAGCACGUCCUUUCGAGGCCUCCCAAGAUGGCGGUUGUUUGACCAACCGCAGCUCUGCGAAAGAACUAGGAAGUUCUCGACCUGCGGCUGACGCGUACUACCAACUUGCCCGCAGAAGGACAGGACUGCUUGAUAUCAGCAUCACGGCCGGCCAAUGCUACGUCCUAUCAGGCAUCUAUCUGAUGUACACGCUCCGGCCACUCGAAGCAUGGUUGGCUUUCCACCAAGCAGGUUCAACUUAUUCCCUAUAUCUCAGACGCCAAGCUGCAAUGAGCGACGAAGCUAUCGAUUUGGUUCACGAUACAAAGCAGAAGAGAUUGGAGCAACGACUUUACUGGACCGUCCUCAAGUCUGAAUGCGAACUUCGGGAAACGCUGGAUGUUCCUCAAUCUGAUCUUUGCAAGCUCAGCUACCCGUACCUAUUCCCAUCACCUCCAACGCCUCUGAGUCCCGUACGGAGUCCAGAGGAAGCGCUAAACUUCCAAACUCCAGCUUCGUCCACCUCGAUGCCUUCUCAAGUACAAUCAACUUCAUCGAUGACAUCCUAUCAGCAGACCGAGGAACAAUCGUGGUUUUACUAUCUGAGCGAAAUCGCGCUUCGUCGAAUACAAAACCGUGUUCUGAACGCGUUCUAUCGGCAAGAUCACAGAAGCUGGGCGCAGAUGAACAUGAGUGACAUGAUAAGCAUUGCAGAGAAUAUUGAGACGCAGCUGACUAUAUGGAAGGCAUCACUCCCAGCAGCAAUUAGAUCUGACGACCUGCCCCCUGGUCAGCCAAUCGAUGAGCUUCGCUACUGCACAGAAGGAAGAAAUCGGUGUAUCCGUAGCCUGCUUUACCGACCAUUCGUCUACUGCGCCGUGCACUCCACGCCCAACAUCUCCGACCACAUCACCAUGCAGCAAGUGCAAGCGAUGUGCAGGAAAGGUAUCAUGAACUGCUUGAACAUUGAGACCGCUGAGGCAGUCACUCACCGCCACCACGGCACCUGGUACGGUCUGCGCCAGUCUAUCGUCAACGCGCUCAUGCUUCUUGCCACCAAAACGGUGGAUAACACGGACUUUUACUCACCACGGCAAGGGGAACGGCACCCUUACGAUCAUGCAAUCGAUAUGUGCAUGGACAAGCUGCGUUAUUGGGAGGGUGAGAGUCCUGAUACCAUUGCAGCCCUAGAGCUUAUUGAGGAGCUAUACGCCGGGAUGAGCUAA